CGUGACAGAAACCUGGGAAGAAAACAUACAAUACAUUGUCACCCCCUUUCCUAUUAACAAUAUGGUAUCUCCCAGAACCUUGAAAUGGUGUUCAGUUUUCCCAGGGACUCUUUUUGCCUGAACACUCUGGAAAGAAGACAGCAUGCAGAAAUUUCUGCCGUCCUGGAGUCCUUGAGGAAGAAGCUCAGAAUGCUGAACAAGACUAAAGAACAUUGGGAGGAGACCCAAAACUACAUUCAGAACCAAGCUUAUCACUGUGAGAAAUCAAUCAAGGAGGAAUUUGAGAAGCUACACCUGUUCCUUCGGGAGGAGGAGAACACUAGGCUGAAGGUGCUCAAACAAGAAGAAGAAAUUAAGAACCAGGUGAUGAGGGAGAAGCUGAAAAACAUCAAGGACCAGAUUGAAACCCUUUCUUCAACCAUCAGUGAUAUUGAGAAGGCCCUCACGGACUACAAGGGGACAAAGAAAAGGGUCAGAUGUAACAUUCAAGAGCCGGAGUGCAUCAGAGACAUCCUGAUCAACUCUGCAAAGCAUCUGGGAUUACUAAAGUUCGGAAUUUGGAAAAAGAUGGCCAACAUUGUCAAAUAUGUUCCGAUCACUCUGGAUCCAAACACGGCCCAGUCCAACCUAAAGUUCUCUGAGGAGUUGACCUGUGUACGAUACAGCAACAAGCAGCUCCUACCCGACAACCCCGAACGCUGCACAAGCCGCGUGUGUGUGUUGGGGGCCACUGGCUUCAUAUCUGGAAAGCACAGCUGGACUGUAGAGGUGGGCCAAGGCAAAGACUGGUACAUCGGAGUGGCCAGGGAGUCGAUCAAAAGGAAGAGUGUUGUCUUCCUCAACCCCACCGAGGGCUUCUGGGUGAUUGGCCUGUGCAAUGGAGACUCAUUCUGGGCUCAGAGCUCCCCUCGCACCAAACUUGUAUUGAAGCAGAAGCCUGAGCAGAUUACCAUAAAACUGGACUGUGACAAAGGAAAGGUGGUCUUCAUCAAUGCUGCCGACUUGACAACGAUACACACCUUUAAUGACAGAUUUACAGAGAGGAUUUUCCCCUACUUCUCCCCUGGCUUGUAUCAAGAGGAGAAAAACUCUGUCCCACUGACAAUCCGUCCUCUGAAAAUAACAGUGGAUGUGGAGUAGACUCAUACAGGAGACACUUGUCUCUGUGUGAGUGUGUGUGUUACAGGUGCUACAAGCUGCUCAGUUGUUGCAACAUGCUGUUUAUCUAGACAAAUGAGACCAUUUUCAAAACAUUUAGAUAGUUUAUUUAUAUUCAAGACCAAGUCUUCAGUUCAUUUCUAAACCUGAUUUGGUAUCAUUUACUGUCCUCUUUUUUUGGUUUCCUCUGUGAUGCCAUAUCUUUUAGCUUAGAGUCCAGUUUCCUUUGCAGAUAGGCUUUCUUAUUGGGGUCCGUGGAUUUGUCUUUCUUCCCACUCCCGGCAUAAAGAAUGCCUUCUUUGCUUAUUCUCAUCCGAGCAUGAGACUUGGCUUUAUCACCACAGCCGUG